AUGUUCGAGGACAUAGAUGUGCCCACUCUUCGAAGCAAGAAGUCGAAGCGCAAGGUUUCAGUUGAGGAAGAUGAUUCAUCUGUUAGCACACUGGACGGGGAUGAUGAAGUAUCCGACCUCAGUGCGGACACAGAGGACAUGGACGAUACACUCGCAGAAGGAGCGGAGUGGCUGCGGGCGCAGGGAACCCUUACUCGACGUCGAACAAUAGACGCGGCUCCAUCCUCACGAACGCAAAACGUAGCUACUGGAUCCGUUAUUAUCAGCUCGAGCCCAAGUGACUCGAUAUGGCUCCCCCUUCCCGAGGAGACGUUUCGCCAGCAUCUUUUGGAACUUGAAAAGCGCACAAAUGCGGUCCCUAUUGAUCCGCAAACCUUCCCCUUGAAAGAAUCCGAAAAGCCAGAAGGCUAUAUGUUGCCGCUACAGGUUGAGCAGCAACUCGCAGACGACUUCGCCUUUCUAGCUGCUAUUGAGGAAGGUGCGCAGAGCGUGGCUGCUGUGUGUCUGGAAGAACAUGUCCAACCAAUUGGGCUCACCGUACGAUUCGCAGCAUUAGAUCUGGCCUUGAGUGGCGAGGUGAAGACCUCGUUGCAACAGAUAGCCGAUAGUCUGACCUUGAGGACCCACGAGGUUGACGAGUCCACGCGGAUUGACGAGUUGUUCGAUCGAAUCGUGAAGUUGCAUUAUCGUCGACUGCUCGCCCGACUUCGCUCCAGUAAAUGGGAAAAGCCGAAAUUCCUCUCCAAGCAACACAAGAAGCCGCUAUGGCAAGAUUUCGCGAAUCUUUUGCAUCGCGUCCAGUUUCUGUAUACUAAAAGGGAGGCUUCAUCACGACGGUCGGUGGAGAACCACCUGCGGAAUCUAGCACCAUUCUAUGAAGCAUUCGAGGCGUCGGAAGCAGGAUCGCCUGUUGAGUCAGAAUCCCUCAAACAGCUCAUCAAGGCGAGUUGGCAUCUUUGCAGGUCUAAGGAUGUCGCAGAAUUUGCACGACGCCUAGAAGAUAGUCCCAGUACGACACCCACAGCAAAAGUUGGAUCAGCUAUCAAAUGCCUGCGACAAAUCGAAAAGAUCGCUGCGUACUGGCGCAUCGCCGCCUCACUCGUGGCGACAAGCCAAACAUACGCUCCUUUGUUCCAGAGCAAGCUACAAAUGCAUUUCUUGACACCGUACAGUAGUGUGCCGACCGCAAUCGGAUAUGAGACCUGGGCAACCAGCUGUCACGUACACGCAGAGGUCCAACUGGCCGUUCACUACGAUCUUCUGCACCAAUCGUCUCACAUCACUGAGACAAAUAUCGGAUCUCCAGAAUCAGUCUUCCGUCAACCACGAGUCAUCGGAACAUCGAAAUGGCUCUGCUAUCUUUGUUUUCUGUUCCUCCGCUCCCACGGCCGUUAUGUGCCUGCCAACACGCAUGGACGGCUUUAUGAUCAGUGGACGGUGCCAGACCUGGCUGAAUUUGGGGGUGAGACGCGCACUCGUUAUCGCAACAUUGUGGACGCUAUGGACAAGGAGGUUUUGAGAGAAACAGGAAGCACCGGCUCAGCGCAAGCGGAGGAACCUGGUCUUGUCAGAUGGCGUGCAGAGCCAAUGACGAGCCGACAGAACCUUCUCAACGCGGAAAGUGUGGAUUGA